UCGCACAAGGCCUGGCCGUGGCAGGCAGCCGGGCGGGUCGCCGGCGCGGAGAGGGGCAGGGAGGCUGGGGGAUGCGGCCAUGGGAGGGGCCCGGGCGGGCACCGCCAGAAUGCCUCGAGAGGGGCCAGUUGGAUUCCACGCUUGCUGCCCUGGAAACAGGCGCCCAGCUCCACGCUGCCGCUGAGCAGCCUCUUCCUACUCGUUUAAAGUAACUUACUAUAUCUGAUAAAGCGCGAAGUGCUGCAGGGAUGUGGCAAGGAUGAACAAAGCGGACACUAGUUACAGUGAGUUUGAAACAGCUGAGACACUACUAAAUUCAGAGGUUCAUAUGCUUCUGGAGCAUCGAAAGCAACAGAAUGAGAGUGCAGAGGAUGAACAGGAACUUUCUGAGGUCUUCAUGAAAACUUUAAAUUACACAGCCCGUUUCAGUCGUUUCAAAAACAGAGAGACCAUUGCCAGUGUCCGUAGCUUGUUGCUGCAGAAGAAGCUUCAUAAAUUUGAGUUGGCCUGUUUGGCCAACCUUUGCCCAGAGACUGCUGAGGAGUCAAAGGCGCUGAUCCCAAGCCUGGAGGGGCGGUUUGAAGAUGAGGAGCUACAGCAGAUUCUUGAUGAUAUCCAGACCAAGCGCAGCUUUCAAUAUUAAUCUCCAAAUACCACUCUGCUGCUGAGGGAACUACAUCCCAAGCCCAGCACCACUGUCCUGAUGUCUGGAGCUGACUUACACAGAAAUUCCAUUGCACUUGGGCUUCCUUUGGAUAGAACAACCCAGCUUGGUCUUGGUUUAGGUUGCUAUUUCAGAUUUGACUAUUGGACCAUGAUAACCUGACCUUGCCUCUGGGAAGGGUGAGGUGGGGUGAUAUGCAUAUAAGCUACACUUUUGACUACCUCAUACCAUGGUUUUGGCCCCUGUGUUAUUUUUAAGUUUUUGUUUUGUUUUAAGAUUUUUUUUUUUUAAGUAAUCUCUAUCCCCAGUGUGAGGCUUGAACUCAGUACCCCAAGAUCAAGAGUGGCAUGCUCCACUGACUGAGCCAGCCAAGCACCCCUUUUUUAAGAUUUUAUUUUUUUAGCCCCUAUGUUAUUUUUGAUUCCUAAGAUUUCAUGUUUUAAUUUCAAUGUGUUCGUAGUUUUUGCAACUACAGGAAACAACAGUCUUACCUAAUGCAAAAGGAGGAAGUAAGGGACACUUGGCUGACUCAGUUGGUAGAGCACGUGACUCUUGAUCUUGGGGUGGUGAGUUCAAGUCCCACAUUAGACGUGGAGCCUACAAGCAAAAACAAGCAAAAAACCCCAAACAGGAACCCCAAAUAUAAAUGCAAAAGGAAGAAUUAAACCAGCCCUGUACCAUCAUCUGAAAUCCUUAUAGAAAGGAUGAUAGUGCUAAUGACUGUGAGACAGCAUUGGCAUCAUUGUGCUUAACCCAGAAGUCAAGGAGGAAGGUCACCAUGGAAAGCAGUUACACCGAGGAUAACUGCCAAGCAUGGAGGGCCCAUACAUAGCCUUGAGGUACAUCAGUACUUGACCUUUUUUCUUGGACUGUUGAAGAAUGUAGAUUUGGAGGCAGUGGUCCUAAAGCACUGUAUUCUCACUCCUAAAGAUUUUUUUUUUUCCUUCAGAGGACAGACUUGAAGGUCUCAAUACUUCAUUCAGUCCAAACCUCUGUCUUGCUAUUUAGCAGCAGGUGAUCUCUGUUGGGGGUGAUUUGGAAAGAGGGAGCCUGCCCCUUCCUGGGCCACUACAGUGAAGUCACUCGAUGUAAAGCAAGUUGGGGGAGACUCUUUAACAGCUAAACAUUCUAGCUUUGUGCAGUGGCAGUAUCUUAGCCAGUGAGCUUUAUCCAAGGUGCGAUUGUUGCUAACUGAAAGGAAAAAAAAUAGCUAAACAUUCUAGCUUUGAUUUUUCUGAAAGGAAAUAUGCCUAUUUUUUUUCACAAUUUGUGGAGAUUUUUCUUUGGAGUACUUGUUGGCUCCAAAUGAAUGCAUGAUCCAAAAAAAAAAAAAAAGAAAUAACAAAGUUACCUUUUUUUUUUUUUUUUUUUUUAAGUAGGUUCCAGGGACGCCUGGGUGGCUCAGUCGGUUAG